UUCCCACAGUGAAAAAAUAAAUAAAAAUUACUUACUCAGAGAACCAAUUUAUGAAUCCAAUCUGGCACACCAUUAAAUUAGACUCUUCUGCAAACCAUGCAUUUAUUACCACUAAUGGACCUUUACCAAUUCCACUAUAUAUAUAUAUAUAUAUAUAUAUGGAGGCCAUCAAUCCAAAUUCCAAAUACAACCCAAAAUCUUAUUUACUUCUAAAAGGGUAUAACGUAGUAUUUGUGAACCACUUCAAUGGCAGUGAUCGGUGUUCGUUGCUUGAGCUUGACUGUAUUCUUAAUGGUCGUAAUUCUGGCAAUAGGUAACUCAGGUGUCCGGGCUCAAUGCGAAGCAAGCAUCCCAAGUCUGAUAGCAGAAUGUCAGCAAUACGUGUCGAAAACCGGACCGAAGAUUCAGCCGUCAGCGGGUUGUUGCUCGGUGGUGAAGGACCUGGACAUACCAUGUGUUUGUAAAAUGGUCACAAAGGAAGUCGAAAGGUUGGUUAGCAUGGAGAAGGUGGUCUUCGUUGGCAGAAGCUGUGGGUUGAAAAUAGCCAAAGGAACCAAAUGUGGAAGUUAUACUGUUCCACAUACACGCGGAGGUAACGCAUAAGAAUGGGAACUUCGAGCCGUUAUUAAUAUCUUCAUGUAUGAAAGAAGGUUUUCGUUUUCAUUUCCCUUGUGAUUGGAAUGAAAGCCAUCCACAUGUAGCUAUGGUCAAUCAUCCUUAAUAAUGAAAAAUAAAAAAAUAAAAAUUAUCGUUUUUUAUGAUUA